AUGUCCGUGUUGCGGGCCCCUCCAUCGACUGUGAAAAAUAUCAUCCGUCUGCCCCCAUUAAUGUUGACCACUCCACAACUCGUCGCAGAACACGUACCUUGUACCCUUCAUCCGUCGGUACUCCCUUCGGAUCUGGCUUGUGAGUUGUUCUACACUAUGCUCGACGCCUCUCGAGGGUGGAAGAGAAAUAAGUGGUGGCUUUUCGAUCGAGUAGUUGAGAGCCCCCAUCGAACCUCAUUUUAUGCCCGAAAGACUGACGGGCUCGACGGUGACGAAACUUGGCAGGAGGCUGCGCGUUAUUGGUAUAAUGGACGGAUGUCGGAGCCCCCACCAGUCUUUCCUCCAGUGAUGGAGAAAGCAUGCAAAAUAGUGGAAGACAUCGUAAACGAGGAAAUGAAGAAACGCAAACCCUUCAAUUUGGAGUGGGUUGAAGACGACCAACCCGUUUGGCGAGCCAACGUUGCUGCCUCCAACUGUUACGAAGGCGCCAAAGACAGUGUUGGUUUUCACUCUGAUCACCUCACCUAUCUAGGCCCAUAUCCCACCAUUGCAUCCCUUAGCCUUGGCACACGAAGAAACUUUAGUCUACGUGAAGUGAUACCGACGGACGAAAGAGAAAAUCGUAAAGCAAGGACCUUCAAUAUACCCUUGUCACACAACUCGCUUACCAUUAUGCAUGCCUCUUGCCAAGAGAAAUUCAAGCACUCCAUACCGCCUCAAAACGCCAUCGAUAUCUUCCGACCUGCGUUUCCCAGGAGCCCUGGUGAAUCCACUGAACCUUCUCCGUGCCGAAUUAACAUCACGUUUCGUUUCUACCGUCCGGAUUUCCGUCCGCAAAGCAUACCGCGAUGCAAAUGUGGGGUUCCAACUAUCCUGCGACCUGAUAUGAAGAAUAGGACCCAUGGUGAGGCAGACCGAUACUGGUGGACAUGUUAUGCGGGAGCCCAGAAUGAUGGAAAGGGUUGUGAUUUCUGGAAAUUGUUGGAUAUGUUGGAAGAAAAAAGAGCGCCUUUCACUGGCUUUCAAAAGAAAAACCAACAUCAUCAGAUAAUUAAUGGGCAAGCGCGGUUUUGA